AUGACAUCCAUCUUCGUACUUGGAUAUGCGUUCGGGCCUUUCCUUCUGGGUCCACUGAGUGAAAUAUACGGGCAAUCGCGCGUAUUACAAUUGGCAAAUGCGUGGUAUCUUGGAUGGAAUCUUGCCUGUGGAUUCGCAAAGUCUGAAGCUCAGUCGGUGGUGGCGUUCUCGGUGAUAUCUGGCGACCGGAAGAGAGAGGAAAAGCCAUCGCUGUUUUUUCCUUGGCUCCGUUAUUGGGACCUGUUGUUGGACCUGUCACUGGCGCCUGGAUUGCUGAAUGUUCAACCUGGAAAUGGGUGUUCUAUGCUACUUCCAUUGUGGAUGCAAUUGUUCAACUCUUGUGAAUGUUUUACCCUAAAGAGAGCAGUCGAGCUUCGCAAAACGAUGGAUACCGAGAAGGGGCCAUACAGAGAAGUCCGCACCGUUUUCGAUGGUGAAGCCUGCCAGAUGUUAUCUGACGACAGCGAUUCCUAUAGCUGGAAGACCAUCAUGUCCAAUGCGCUCAAACACCCUUUCCAACUCUUUUUCCAUGAGCCGAUCAUAGUGCUCCUCAGUAUUUACAUGGCGUAUCUAUACGGAAUCCUUUACCGGUCGAUGUUGGCAUCCCAAUUGAAUGCGAAGUUGAUGGACAAGAUUUACGUUUAUUUCAAGAAUAAAAAUGGUGGAGUUGGCAAGCCAGAAUUUAGAUUGUCUGCUAUGUUCCCAGGAUCUCUCCUACUUCCUAUGGGGAUGUUGAUAGGAGGUCCUGAUGUUGGCAGUGUGCUUGUUGGAGCAGGCAUUGUUCUGAAUUUCCAGUGCAUCCAAACUUACAUCGUUGACUCCUUCAUGCUCUAUGCCGCUUCUGCAACACUUCAUCCAUCUUGCUCAUCUGGUAUGGUAAAUGAUAUGUUGCGAGGGUUUGGUCACAACUGUGACUUGGCCUCGGGAUGGCCAGAUGUGCGCCAUCCUUUCCUCAUUCCAUCUGAUCUCCAAGCAGCAGCCCAACAACAUCAUGAUAGGCUUGCCGAAAUCGAAAUAUGUCAGUAUAUCAUCACCCAUAACUCCCAGUUUGACCAUCUUGCAGAGACAUAUUUUGAUGGGUUUGAGCAGGACCUGGGCAAGCGCGAGCUCGGGUACACACUUUCAUUUGACCAUGACCUAGAUGUGUUUGCUGCAUCUAUUGGGCUCACGAAAAUAUCCAUCGCUGUGAUUCUCAAUGAUGAAGGAGUAAAGAUAGAGCUUAUGGAGCAGCGCAUGAAGGUGGUCAAGAAGCAAGCAGACACCAUUGCAGAUCUUGAGAUUGAGCUCUCGAAAGCACGCAAGCAGGAGCGCAUGUAUGAGGAAGCAAUGGAGCAACUGCAGGCAGACCUAGAUACAUUUAAGCAAGAUAAUGCAAAGCUGACGGCAUUGGCUGCCGCUUCAGAGAGACAAGCUGCUGGCACACAGCUCGUCGAUUCAGAGAAUAUCAAGGCUCUUCGUGGCACUGUCCGUUUCUUGUGCACAGAAAACUCGUAUCUCAAAGGGCCUACCCCUCAGGUCAACCCGACACAGACGAAUCAGAUUCUGAGACCCCACCUGCACCUCCUACCAUUUGCUCGCUCGUUUUUGUCCGACCCGCCAACCCCUCCACAACCAGGAUUCAUAAGCUUGCCGUGUCAGAUGCCCGCCAACCCCUCCACUACCACACAGCUCCCGCCUGUUAUACCUGCUGCAUUUAUGGCAAGGCUCAAACACCUAUGUGCCACUGAAGUUUGCAUGUGCCCGGCACUAGAAAUCUACCUCGCAGACCUAUUUACCGCGACACGGCAUUUGGGUGCGCUAGACGCCAUGAUGCUUACUGCCCGUGCACGCCAAGAUGCGGAGGUCCUUUUCAAGCUCAGCUAAUUAUGUACCAGACUUACUUUAUCGUAUCGUAGUGAUAUUGAACACAACAUCCAAAAACCCUUGGAGC